UGUUGCCGUUUACUGUAGACACAACAAUAUGGAUGAAUUCCAACAGUACAAGUCGUGAUAAUACAAACGAAAACAAGCAAAAAAGCAUAUCUAAUUCAAUUUCUUAUUACUCGAGAAGUUCUUCCAACUCUUCAAGUGGAAGUUUGGUUUUUGUUGGUGUGCUCAUCGCUGUGGGGGGUCAGUUCUUGAUUGCCUCCGGUGCGGUUCUACAAAAGUAUACGCAUGAACAAAUUAGAAAACGAAUCCAACAAGAAAGAAGGAUGUCUGAUAACGGUGUAGAGACGGCGGUGCACAACUCCACAGGUUUGUCAGUACAGGUCGGCAACCAAAACAUGGAGCUCAAAGAACCUUUGGAUAAGAAUAACUCGACUCUUGAGAAGACCACAGUUGAAGAUAUGCAAGAGAAUAUAUACCAUACAGCUCAUUCGUCAUUAGACCUUGAUUCUUCACCCCCUUUAACAAAUGUCAAACUAGUAAAAAAUACGAGGAGUGACCAUAUAAAGGAGCAAACUUGCAGAGCACAUUCAUUCGAUGAUUGGGAUAAAAUGAAGAGGCGUGAACAAUUGCUUGAUACAGGUGAUACAGCAGAUUCCACAGAAUACCAAGAACUGUCGUUAGAUAUAGCCGCGCUAUCACGAUUGAACGGUUUCACUGCUGACCGCUUAUUUGAUGGCUAUGUGGAUAGUAAUGACUUGGAGGAAGGCAACCAUGUUUCAGAAUAUAGACCAGAAGAAAAGCAAAAUCAAAAGGAAGCUGUGGAUAUUAUUUCGAGGUUUCGCAAGGUUCGAAAGAGGCUAAUUGAGAAAAGUAGCAGUAUAAAUAGGCCUCGAAAUAUUUCUAUAACUUCAGAACCUGUUCGUAAAAAGACUCUUUUCAAUAUUUCACCUCCACAGUCUCCACACGUGAAUUGGGAAGAUGUGGCAACACGUCAUGGACUCCAUAUUCCCAAUUCAGAAAGUUUCAGACAAGUAGAAAGAAUUAUAGAAGAACAACAUCGACAAGACACAGGUGCUAUUGAGAGAACACAUUACUUGAAAAUGAAAAAAUGGUGGACGGGCUUAUUGUUGAUAGGUGGUGGUGAAGCAUGCAACUUGAUUGCUUUCGGAUUUGCUCCUGGUUCAACUAUAGCACCAUUGGGAGUCUUAGUCGUUCCAAUCAAUGCAUUGCUUGCUUGGAAAUUUUUGAAAGAAAAAGUUACUUGGGUUACCAUUUUUGGUAUUUUGCUAUCCAUAGCAGGUGCAGCAUUGGUUGGAGUAUUCGGUCCAAGUGGCCCAGACUCGACGGGUGCAUUGAAUCAAUCCCAAAUACUUCAUCUGUUGGAUAAUGUGGCAUUUAUUGUCUUUAUUUCUAUUACUGUUGGUGUGAUAUGUGCUAUCUUUGUUAUUAAUAUGAUCACGGGGAUUGGAGUUCGUUAUCUUUUAGUGUAUGCUCUGAUGUCUGGAAUGUCUGCUGCUGUCAGUGUGACUAGUGCCAAAGGAGUCGUGCAGUUAAUUCGUUAUUCUGUCACUGGACAUGGAGACCAGCUAGCAAAGCCUUUGAUUUACGUGAUGGCAUUUGUAUUGUUAGUCACAAUUGUAUUUAUGGUGUACUAUAUGAACCGAGGAAUGCAAACAUUUCGAGUAACUCUAUUUUUGGCUGUUUAUUAUGGAUUUUUCAUGACUUUUUCGGUUGUCAGCUCUAUUCUGAUGUAUCAAGAAUAUCAUUAUAUUACUGCAUAUAAUACCCCUUUUUUUAUAGGGAUAGGACUUAUCUUUAUCGGUAUUUCUGUAAUUAGUUUUUCAAGUCGACCUCAAGAAGCGGAGGAGGAAGAGGCUGAAUUUGUGGAAGCAGUAAGACGUUACUGGGCAUCCCAUAAUUCCCGAAAUAGUUUAUCCUCCCGUAGACAAGAAAGUAUGUGA